AACCCCAAACCCUUCACGGCACGCGUGCAGACGCAGCAGCAAGCGAGUGAGGGAAGGGAGAGAGCGCUCGGUUCCAAGAACUCUAGGGUUUUCCUACGGCUUUCGCAGCCGAUCGCGUUGCCUGUUUCUAAGGUUUCGCCCUACUUUUCGUUGCUCCCGGUGUCUCUAGAACAAGGGCGGUAUGGCGUUCGGGCUGCCCGGGUACGGGAUCCAGGCGAUGCUCAAGGAAGGGCACAAGCACCUCUCGGGGCUCGACGAGGCCGUUCUCAAGAACAUCGACGCCUGCAAGCAGCUGUCCGUCAUCACCCGCACCUCCCUCGGGCCCAACGGUAUGAACAAGAUGGUCAUCAACCAUUUGGACAAGCUUUUUGUGACAAAUGAUGCUGCCACAAUCGUCAAUGAGCUUGAGGUUCAACAUCCUGCUGCAAAGAUUUUGGUGUUGGCAGGGAAGGCCCAACAGGAAGAAAUCGGUGAUGGGGCUAACCUUACCAUUUCAUUUGCUGGUGAACUUUUGCAAAAUGCAGAAGAGCUAAUCAGGAUGGGCCUGCAUCCGAGUGAAAUCAUCAGUGGUUAUACUAAAGCUAUCAACAAGACAAUUGAAAUUCUAGAUGAGCUGGUAGAGAAAGGGUCUGAAACAAUGGAUGUUAGAAGCAAAGAAGAAGUUGUUUCCCGGAUGAAGGCUGCAGUUGCUAGCAAGCAGUUUGGGCUAGAACAACUUCUGUGCCCUAUCAUUGCUGAUGCAUGCAUCCAAGUGUGCCCAAAAAACCCAGCAAACUUCAAUGUGGACAAUGUUCGAGUUGCAAAACUACUUGGAGGUGGUUUGCACAACUCUACUGUUGUUCGUGGUAUGGUAUUGAAGAAUGAUGCCAUUGGGACUAUAAAACGAGUCGAGAAGGCGAAGAUUGUGGUGUUUGCUGGUGGUGUUGAUACAUCUGCUACAGAAACUAAAGGAACAGUUCUAAUUCAAAGUGCAGAGCAGCUCAAAAAUUAUGCAAAAACCGAAGAAUCCAAAGUUGAGGAGCUUAUCAAAGCUGUUGCUGACUCUGGUGCCAAGGUGGUUGUGAGCGGAGCUGCUGUUGGAGACAUGGCAUUACAUUUCUGCGAGCGUUAUAAACUCAUGGUUCUAAAAAUCAGCUCCAAGUUUGAAUUGCGGAGAUUUUGCCGUACAACUGGUGCUGUAGCUCUUCUGAAACUGAGCCAACCAAAUCCAGAUGAACUUGGAUACGCAGAUUCCAUUUCAGUGGAGGAAGUUGGUGGUGUUCGGGUAACUAUUGUGAAAAAUGAAGGUGGUGGAAAUUCAGUUUCUACAGUUGUUUUACGGGGCAGUACUGACAGUAUUCUAGAUGACCUUGAAAGGGCUGUUGAUGAUGGUGUUAAUACGUACAAGGCAAUGUGCAGAGAUAGUCGUAUUGUUCCUGGGGCUGCUGCAACUGAAAUUGAGUUAGCAAGAAAAUUGAAGGAGUUCUCCUUAAAAGAAACAGGGUUGGAUCAGUAUGCAAUUGCAAAAUUCGGCGAAAGCUUCGAAAUGGUACCUAGAACAUUAGCUGAAAAUGCAGGGCUUAAUGCUAUGGAGAUUAUUUCUUCCCUGUAUGCUGAACAUGCUACUGGAAAUAUCAAAGUUGGUAUUGACUUGGAAGAAGGUGUCUGCAAGGAUGUUUCAACCAUGAAUGUCUGGGAUCUCUACCUUACCAAGUUCUUUGCCCUCAAAUAUGCUGCUGAUUCUGCUUGUACCGUUCUCCGGGUCGACCAAAUAAUAAUGGCAAAACCAGCAGGUGGCCCAAGGAGAGAUGCACCAGCAGGCAUGGAUGAGGAUUAACUUUUUAUAUAGUUUGCUCACUGACACCCCAGGCAUCACUGCACUUGCCAGUCUACGAUGCAUACUCACUGAAUUAAGCGUACAAAACUGUAGUAGGAUGACAAGAAAGAACAAGGUGCAAAGAUCAAGUAGGAACCAGACCCAGCCCAAGCUCAUCGUUAGCAGCCUCCAUCGAUGAAAAGGUUAUGGCAAGCAGCACAGCUGAUGCAGCCCAGAGAAAACCUAGUGCAGCUGUGCCAUACCCGAUCCUCUUCCUGCUCUUUAACGGUGGUACUGCGUUCUUGACUUCGUGAUCCGUUGUUCCAUGCAACUCCUCGCUAAUGCCGCUUUCAGGGACAUCAUCAGAAGAUGAAACUGAUUCCACGCCAUCUCGCUCUUCUUGCUCAUCAUCCUUGAGAUCGUUCAGCUUUCCAGCAGUCCCCACACUUUCCGAGUUCACUUUCUGAGAUUGGCUUUCGCUGCUAAAAGCUCCACUCUGAAGGGAUCGAAUCGGCUUUCCCGGAGUAGUCUGUAUUCUGACAUCAUCGAUCGCCGGCUGCGGCAUGGAUUUCUGUGACACCGAAACGAAGAUCAAGUUUGACGCAAUACUGCGGCAGAACACUGAAGUGUUUGAGCUUGUACCUGAGGGCUUGCUAAGGCAUCUGCUGCCAUGGCGGUCUCACUGUCCUGCGUGAACCCACAGAAGCCUUCUGCCCGCUCUUUGUUGGGAUCGUUCAGCUUGAA